AUGAAGAUCUUUCCCUCAGCUUUUUGGUCAGUCGAAUUUGCGAGUUCAAAAGUGCUCCACAAUGAAGCAUCUUUUCCAGAAAUUGUACCAGAGUCUAUUUCGGAAAUAAAUGCACGGGCUGGUGUCACGGAAGACUCCGUCAGAAAAUCGAGUCGUCAUGGACAAAUUGAUCCGGUUUUCAGAUGGGAAAAUAGAACGAUUCCGAUUGAGAUUAACCCGAUUCUUUCUCAAGAAGCAAGUGCUUCAAUUUUCCAAGCGAUGCGAGAACUUGAAGAGAAAGGACUUGCAUGGCUGCGGCCAAAAAAAGCUGAAGACCAAGAUUACGUCACAACCAAAACAGACGCUGGCUGCUCAGCUUGGCUAGGAAGGGUCGGCGGAGAACAGCCUUUAUCGUUGGCAAGAGGCUGUGGAUGGAUGUCAGUCGCGAUUCAUGAGCUGUUUCAUACUCUGGGAGUCGCUCACACGCACCAAAGACACGAUAGAGACAAUUAUAUCACUGUUUUUGAGAAUAAUAUCCAAGAAAAUUUCAAAUACGCCCUUGCCGCUGAUGACGACAUCUCUCAGAGUACAUUUGACUUUCCCUACGAUUACUUGUCCAUCAUGCAUUACGAUAAGGUUUCGUACUCAAAUGGAAACGGCGAUACGAUUGUUCCGAAGGAUCCGAAAUAUCUCGACUUGAUCGGACAGCGAUUGACAGCGAAUUCGCAGGACAUGGCCAUUCUGGACAAGAUGUAUGAAGAUUUAGAAGGUCAAACAGACAUCUCUCAGUGCAAGUGUCAAGAAUUCUCUGUCUCCGGCUUCAGUGUUCAGUGGUCGUGUAAUGGCAGCUACAAAUUCGACUCGAUUUCAAAUGGAAAAAAUUCAUUCGUUACCGAUUCAUAUUACGGUCCUCGCUACAUCAAUUUUAAAAAAUAUGGCUCAAAACCAAAAUGGACUUGUCGAGAUGACAAUGAAAUUACGACCGGUGAAAGAGGAGGAGCGUACGAUGCUGCAUUUUGCGUCGAGGACAUCAGCAGUUCUUGGGAAGAGUGGACGGGAACCGAAAUGAAAGAAGUUCCGGUCAAGAUCGAGUGCACAAAAUGGGCGAAGGACUCGCAAGGACGCAAAGAAAAAAGAACAGGUCUUUGCCCAACUGACGAGGACAAGUUCAUCUGGGAAAUCAACAAUUGGAAUCACAUAAAAUCAACAUAUACGAAUGGUCGAUCACUUGAAAAGGCUUUUAUAGAUGAAGCUGGAUAUAAAUGGAGCCUCAAGCUCUUUCCGAACGGGACAUCGGGAACACACGGGUACUAUUCGUUGUUCAUGUCGCUUGUGAGCGGCCCAAAUGAUUCAAAACUACAAUGGCCUAUUUGGGGCAGAAGCCUCUACCGUAGAGGAACUGGCUAUGGUUACAACACCUACAUGAGCUUCGAACAAUUCGAUAGCUAUGACUUUGUCCAUGAGGACAGUGUCAAGCUUGUCUUUUCUGCUGAAGACGCUACUGGACAAUGGUUGAAUUGCGACAUGGAGAAGUUGAGAAGCUUUGAGCGAUGUUUCUAUUCUCCUGUUGUAAAUGACUUGACUUUCGACGAAAAUGGAAAGAUUCACUCAAGAGGAGUUGUAACAACGAAAUCUCCACCAAUUACGAUUUAUGGAAAGCGCUGUUUGGCGCUCACCAUUGAAACAGGUGGCUCGAUCACGGUCAGUGUCCAAGGAGAAAUGACCAGCUCCGGAGAAAAGUUCCAAUACCUUCUUGAGCGAAGAGAUUACGACGGAAACGACAUUCAAGAAUUCUCAAUCGAGCUCGGAACAUCGGACAACGCGAAGGUUCUCUAUCAACAGUUCAUCAACCUGGAGAUAAUCAAUCACGACAAUGCAACAACAAGAUUUGUGAAAUCAAAACUUCAUCAUGGAAAAUGCUAA